AUGUUACCUGCUGCUACAGUUACCAGCAUCAGCAGAAAUGAUGCCAUGCGUAAGUGGUGGGGCCUCAUUUUGUACCGUGCACAUGAAUUCUCCAAGAAUUCAGAUGAUGCUCCUAAAAAGGAUGGCAGGCAACGAAGGCAUCAAAUUCGAUCCAGUGGAUAUCUACUGAAAGCACAGCCCAGCAAUGCAAAAUUGGAUACUAAAAAUUGGGAUAAAAGGCUUUUUAAGGUUUCUCCACAUAUGUGUGAAUUUGCGCUGUGUUACACAUACGCUAGUUGGAAGCAUUUAUUAAAUGUCAGCAUAAAUUCUUCCGUAGCUAAGAGAAAUAAGGAUCUGCAGAUGUCUCCAAACAUUUCUGUAUCAUUCAGAAAACCCAAUAAUUUAAAUUGGUGUUUUGCUUUAAAUGGUCUAAAUGAUGAGAAAUUAGCCAAGUCCUCUGCGAGUGAAGGAUUACAGCACAAGCUGAGACAUGCUGAACUGGAACAGAAGUCAUGGUCAUUUAACACUAUAAAUAUAAGUGAAUUAAAGAAUCUGGCCCCCAGGGUCGCCUCUGUCAUCCGGUCAAUCGGUCCCAAAAAAUAUUCCCUUACUUGCGAUUGUAAACAACCACUACGAGAAGGCUGGCUUAAUACACCGGAGCAUUUGUUAUUAGCGGCAUUAUAUAUGGAGAAGUUUAGCUAUUGUGAUGAUCGUUCAGAUUACACUUCCUCCUUCGCAGUAGAUGACGUCCGUUCUCGAACAAGGUUCGUGUUCCCUGACCAACUGUCAAAUAUUAUAAAUUUACCGAGGUGUUCUAAGUAUCGAUUAUUUGAGUACAUCUCCUGCACAAAUUUUGUGGUUCAAAAUAAGCGUCUAACAUCUAAGUUAAGAAGUUAUACUUUUAUUUUUACUUACGCAAUACAAAAUUCCAAGUUCUGCAAUAGUUACAAUCACAGUUUUUUAUAUUUAUGA